AGAAGCCCGCACACUGACCCUGGACACGUCGGGGAUGAUCGCGAUGAGAGCCGCCACCCUGCUGCUGCUCCUGGGCUGCUGCGCCGGGGACGUGAAGCCGCCCCCCGCGGUGAGGGUGUACUACGUAGCGGCGGUAGAAGUCGGUUGGGACUACGUCCACCCAACAGGGUCCGAACAAAGUAGAUCCAAAGAUCCUCCUCAAAAGUACGUGAAGGCAAUAUACAGGGAGUAUACAGACUCUACAUACACAGUCCCCAAACCAAGGCCAGCAUGGACAGGUAUUCAAGGUCCCGCUAUUGUCGCCCAGGCUGGCGAGCGGGUGGUGGUCCACUUCAAAAACCUGGCCUCUCAGCCCUACAGUAUCAGCCCUGUGGGGAUCACCUACUGGAAACAGUCGGAAGGAGCCGGCUACGAUGACUCCACAGCGGGCCACGAGAAGGAGGAUGACGCCGUCUCCCCCGGAGGCUACUAUGAGUAUGUGUGGGACAUAAACCCCAAAGACGGUCCCACCCCCAGUGACCCGGAGUGCCUCACCUACUCCUACUCCUCCCAGGUGGACACGGUCCGAGAUUUAAACUCGGGACUCAUCGGCGCCUUGCUCAUCUGCCAAAAAAGUGCCUUCAAAACCGACGGCCAGAGGAGAAACCGGGCGUUUGUCCUGCUGUUUGUAGUGUUCGAUGAGACCAAGAGCUGGUACGGGCAGGUAGGAGAAAGGAAGAACAGAGAGAGGUUCAAGAAAAGCAUCGGCCGAAAGCAAUACCACACCAUCAAUGGAUACGUCAACUCCACGUUACCCGGUUUGACCAUGUGUCAGGGCCGUAAUCCUGUGAUGUGGCAUCUGAUCGGGAUGGGCACAGCUCCAGAGAUCCACUCCAUCCAGUUCCAGGAUCACACUUUGCGGGUGUUGAACCAUCGCAAAGUGGCCGUUGAGGUGACCCCCAUGUCAUUCAUCACCGCAGAAAUGAGACCUGCUACUUCCGGCCGCUUCCUUAUGAGCUGUCAGAUCCACGCUCACCGCCACGGCGGCAUGGACGCAUAUUUCACGGUGGAGGAGUGCCCUGACCCCGUGGUCGAGCCGGGACCCGACCUGCGCAACGUCAGACACGAGGACUAUGUGGAUGGCGGCGACGACUACAAUGACAGCGGCGAGAGUUUGUUCAACACCAUAAACUUUCUGUCUAAUCCCCAAGUGCAAGCGAGAGCGAGCGGAGGACAGCCACGGGGCUGGCGGCAUUACAUCGCUGUGGAAGAGGUCACCUGGGACUACGACUUCCAUCCGAAACCCACGGUCAGUGAGUUGCAGUCAGGACAUUUGGUUCCCCCUCCCCAUCACCUGGACUACAAAUAUAAAAAGGCCGUCUAUGUGGAAUACACAGAUGGAUCUUUCACUCAGAGGAAGGACCCUGCCAGGACAAUGCUGGGUCCACUGCUGAAAGGAAAAGUCAACGAUCAAAUCCAAAUCACUUUAAGAAACCUGGCUAGUCGCCCGUUCAACAUCUACCCAAACGGCCUCAGCAAGAUCUUUCCGCUGUUUAAAUCUGCAAACGCUGCGGAGAAGGACCUGCGCUCCAUGGGCGUGCCCCCCAACGGGACGUUUAGCUACGUCUGGAGCCUCACAACAGAGGAUGGACCCUUGGAGGGAGACCCCGGGUGUCUGACCCAGCUGUACCAGAGCACGGUGUCUCUCGAGAGGGACUUGGCCUCGGGGCUGGUGGGCACCCUGCUCAUCUGCAAGCCCAGCACCAUGGACACCAGAGGACGUCUGUUGGGCCCAGAUAAAGAAUGGAGCCUGAUAUUUGCUGUGUUUGACGAGAACAGAAGUUGGUACUUUAACGAAAACAUGCAGAAGUCCAGCCGAAGCAACUCGAACAUCUCAGACCCUGAAUUCUACAGCUCAAAUGUCAUUUACAGUAUAAACGGCGGCAUGUUCAGCGGGCGACAGUUUGUGUCGUCUAAAAGCGACGUCGCUUUCUGGCACGUGGCCAACGUGGGCACUCAGAGUGACUUCCUCUCGGUUUACUUCACGGGAAACCUCUUUCAGUACCAAGGCCUUUACAAGUCCGUCCUCACCCUCUUCCCCAUGACAGGCAUGACCGUUCCCAUGGAAACCGAGCUGAUGGGUGAGUGGGAGAUCAGCGCCUACGAUGGCCGCCUCAGGAGAAUGGGAAUGAGCAUCCGUUACAGCGUCCUCCAAAGUGACGAUGGAGACAGAGUUGAUCGUGAUAGGAUUCCAGAGGAUGUGUAUGAUUAUAUCGAUCAGCGAGAUCUACAGCCGAGGGGCAGAAGACAUCGAAAUCACACACAGUUGGUUGCAGUUCCAGUGUGUAAGAAAUCCCUCGCUAACAACAGCUUAGCUGAAGUACAGGGACGAAUCCCACAGGAUGUCUUGCAGGAAAUAGAGAGGGAUGGGGAGCUGACAGAUUCCCAGAAUGGGAAUGAACCAGGAAGAGAGGGAGGUGGCAGGCGGAGGAGACAAGCAGAAGGCAACUGGACAGAUGUAGAUCUCAAUUCUGGUACUUCAGGACACAGAGGACCGGGGAUGGAGAUUGGAGAAGAUGCUGUUAACAGGACUGAGGCAGCUGCCAAUGAAAGUAACAAAGCAUCAACGGUGAGCAAUGGAACUAAUGGAGAGCCGAAAAGUGGCAACGAGAUCUUACAAGAAAGUGAACCACCACUGAAAGCGAAGGACUCAACUCUCAGGCCUACCAAUUCAGAUGAGAUGCAUCAAAACUCAGUACCACAAAACCCCAUCUGGUCUGAGCCUGAACAGUUUUCAGGAGAUCUGCCUGGUCCAGAAUACAACCGCACUGUUGACAACAACAUCACAACGGGGAUUGAUUUGUCCCUCGAGUAUGAUGACUACAACCAAGAGGUGAACUCCACAUUGGUUGGAGUCGCUACGGAUUACUUGGACCUGCGCUCCGGGAGGACCAGAUAUCUUCAGCACUACAUUGCUGCUGAGGAGAUCAGCUGGGACUACGGCAUCAGGAAGCCACAACAGCUCAUCAGACCCACAGAGAUGCGCCGAGGGAUGAGGAAGUUCCUGCCACAGUACAAGAAGGUGGUUUUUCGAGCCUACAGCGAUAAAGACUUCUUACGUCCUCUAGACCGAGGAGAGCCCCAGGAACACCUGGGACUCAUGGGACCUUUCAUUAGAACUGAGAUAAAUGACGUCCUCACUGUGGUCUUCAAGAACAAGGCAUCUCGGCCUUACUCCUUUCACCUUCAGGGGGUCUAUGACCUCAGCCAAGGGGCUGGCAGCGAUCAAACCCACGGCCCCUCUGCUCCAGCCGGGGUGCCAGGAGAGCCGGUGGCCCCUGGAGAGGCUCGGACGUACAACUGGAGAGUAACCAAGAAACAAGGACCGACCGACAGUGAAUUUGACUGCAAGGCUGGGGCUUACUACUCCACUGUUGAUAAGGAGAAGGACCUUAACUCGGGUCUGAUUGGUCCACUAGUGAUCUGUAAGUCCGGUACCCUCCGUACUCAGAACACGCAGCCCAACAUCCAGGAGUUUGCCCUCCUCUUCCACAGCUUUGAUGAAACUAAAAGCUGGUACCACGAGGAGAACCUGCGGCUUCACUGCAUUCCGCCUUGUGUGGCCAACACUGAGGACCCGUGGUACCACAUCAGCAAUAAGUUUGCAGCAAUCAAUGGUUAUGUGGCAGAGACGGUCCCUGGUCUGUUGGUGGCCCAACACCAGCUCGUCAGGUGGCAUCUGCUGAACGUCGGAAGUGACGGAGAGUACCACGCUGUGCACUUCCAUGGAUUACCUUUCACUGUUCACACUGAAAAGGAACACCGUAUGGGGAUCUACAACCUCUUCCCUGGAGUGUUUGGCACGGUCGAGAUGAACCCCCCCACAGUCGGCACGUGGCUGGUGGAGUGCACCAUUGGAGACUACCAGCUGGCCGGCAUGAGGGCUAAACUAUUGGUCUAUAAUCCACACUGUGUCUUUCCUCUGGGAAUGAAAUCAGGAAGGAUUGAAGAUUCCCAGGUCACUGCCUCGGAUCACAUGGACCACUGGGAGCCGAGGCUGGCGAGGCUGGAGAAGUCGGGUUACAUCAACGCCUGGAUAGGCAGAGGCGACAUGUCGUGGAUACAGGUGGACCUCCUCAGGCCCACCCUGUUGCACGGUUUGCAGACUCAGGGCGUCAGCUCCAAGCUGAGGGACAACUACAUCACAUCCUUCCGCAUCUCCUACAGCCUGGACCAAGAGACCUGGACCACUUACAGAGGAAACAGAACCAAGCAGAACGGAGUGUUUUAUGGCUACAUGGACAGCUCCAAGGUUAAAAACAACCUCUUCUUUCCACCAUUUGUGGCCCGCUACAUCAGGAUUCUCCCCCGAGACUUUGUGCAAAGGCCUGCUCUCCGUCUGGAGCUGCUGGGAUGCGAUCUCAACAGCUGCUCUCUCCCUCUCGGCCUGCAGAAGAGGCUGAUUCCUGACGACAGUCUCAGUGCGUCCUCAUUUUAUUCAUCUUUACUGAGUAGCUGGAGCCCCAGCCUCGCACGCCUCCACCUUAAAGGCAGGAACAACGCCUGGAGACCAAAGAACAACAACCCUCACGAAUGGCUGCAGGUUGAUUUGGGGACGGUGAAGCGCAUCACAGGGGUCAUAACCCAAGGAGCGCGAGAACUGUUCUCACAGAUGAUGGUGACCGAGUUCUCAGUCACCGUCAGUCACGAUGGUCACUCCUGGAGAAGUGUGCUGGAGGAAAGCUCCCAACGGGAAAAGAUCUUCCAAGGAAACAGCGACAUGGACGAAGAAGCUCUCGCUGUCUUCGAUCCUCCUCUGUUCGGCCGUUACCUCCGCGUUCAUCCGCGCGGUUGGAUCAAUGACAUCGCCCUGCGUCUGGAGGUCCUGGGCUGUGACACACAGCAGGGGGCCUGACGCUUGCGGGACAAACCGCCAGCGCCGCGCAGCAUCGGCGUGGUCGCGUAGUCCAUCCUGGUGUCAUUUCGGAGCACUAGGCGAGCUGUUUGUUUCCGUGGCCACAACUUAGUUUGCCUUUUGGCUUUUUUAUUUUGAAAGGUUCUUGCUUAACGUACGUUAAAAGGAACAUGUUGGUAGAAAUAUAUUUUAAAGAUGUGAUUUUAAACAGAGCCGCACUGAGGCAAGCAACACAGAAGGCCUUUUGCUUUACUUUAACUUCAGAGAAAACCUUUAAUGUAAGCGUGUGUAAAUAUUGCAGGUGGAUGUAUAAAGUUUGUUGAGGUAUAUUGUCAUAUAUCUAUUUUUCUGCUUUUAUUAGAAUUUGUAUAAACAAUGAAUUGCAAAAGGUUUUCCUGGCAUUUAUUUACCUCUGUGUGACUCCGCCUCGUGUUCACAUGCGCUUCUGUUCUUCAGACGUGUGUUUGAACAUUCAAGAGGCUUCAAACGAGGUCAUUUCCAAGCAACGAGAAACUGCUUCCUGUCCUGUUCUUCGUGUGCGUGUCAGAGGAGGAUGUAGCCCUUUCUUCCCUCCCCUCUUUCCAGAACAUUAUCUCUGUUCUCUCUUUGUCCCGUCUGUCUUUGACCUGUCCAAAAUGUUCCAGGACUGUUAUUUUGGCUUAUCCACCUCCACCAGGCUCUCCCUGCAGAAACAAUGAAACGCUCCGCUCCGACGUUGUUCCAAUACGAGUAGCAAUCCACAGUCCUAUUGAGCUGAGGGGGAAAGUACAUUCACAGCUAAGGUGAUGAGAUGAUGAGAUGACCGGAGGGGGGAACGGCAAACAGCAAACGAGCCGUGUUGUGUUUGAAGUUUUUGUGAAACGUGAUAACACGAGCAGCCUUAAUCACCUCAAUAUCAGCACAGGAAGUGAGGAGGCAGUUGAGUGUGUUUUUUUCCGGGGACAGGACAAACGUUGGCGGGGGACGUGUCACAUGGCAUCUGUCUGAAAACAAUGACACACUCUCAGAAUCUCAGAAAAGAGUAAAAAAAAGCCAAAAGUUAUCCCCUAACAAUGAAAGCCCAAACCAGUGACACCGUAAGACUUGAUAGCUGGGUGUCGAACAGCAACCUUCGUAAUGUCAAAUUGCCUCUACUUUAGUAAAUAACCGAUUUUUACAGGUUCAUUUACCGACCGCACUCAAAGUAUUGGUAUAAAACAAUGGCUGGUUAGAAGAAAGAGAACAAAGAUCUUUCAGUGGAAAUGUUUUGAAGUGUUUUUUGGUUGAAGGGGCUGAAUCUCACAAGUGAAAGGUGUUAGAGCUGCUAACACUCACAUCCUUCUUAGUUUUGCUAUCAGUUUUCUAAGAGACCAGAAACGCCAUCUCGCCUUUACCAACGCGGACAAAGUCGUGAAACGGUUUCUACAGAUUCCUGGAAUUCGAAUGCUUGCGCAAUACGUGUAAAUGUCCAUAAGGUUAUUUUCAGUGAAGCAUCUUUCAUUAUUCCAGCCAAGUACGUAUUUCACACUCAUCCAAACAAAAGUCUUUCGACUGUUUGAUGCAAAAGUAUCGUUGAUCAGAUUUGAACCUUCCAAAACAAAGAUUCGGAGUGAAAUAUCAAACAGUGUGAAGGACUCACUGAUGGACGGAUCAGUGAGGACGUGUUUCUGAGGAGCGUAGGAGAGAAAACGAUGUGACACAACAGGAAGAAUUACCGCUGUUUUAACACUCCUGCUUACAUCACUUCUGCUUUAUUCCCUCAAGCCUCCAAAGACCAACAGGCCAAGAUAAAGUGAACCGUAUCACUUUUGUUUUUUUCUUACUACGUGUGUGCUCAUAAUUGUCCAAUGUUAGUACAUGAAUGGUUUAGAAUGAAAGAAACCAUUUCAUGUAACCACAUUAGUACACGUGUGUGUGUGUGUAACUGAUUUUCAUACAAGUUUGACUAGAUUACCAGUUAACAUGAAAAAGAUUAUUAAAAUCUUAUAAGAGUAAUAUUAUUAUUAUUAUAACUUAUUAU